AAAGAAUGACACCUGAAUAUAUUGAAGAUUCAAUAGAUGAACCAAGAACUUCUGAAUUUCUUUUCCUCCACAUCUUAUUAGUGAUCCCUGAAUUCGUUCAGUACUACACCCAGAGGCAUCCAGAAUGGGAUGCUGAUGAAGAGAAGUUCAAGUUCAGCAGAUCUAUCCGUCAGGUAAUCUAUCAGUACUUUGAUGAAGACAUUGAAAAGAUCAAUAUUUCAGAAUUUUGGGAUUUAUUAAAAAGCGAAGUUGAAGAAUUACAAAAGAAUAACUUAUUGGCACUUUUCAUGACCUUACUGGAAAGGUUAGAGGAAGAGAAAAGAUUAGGGAUGAGUCUGACCUUCAAUAAGAGAUUCAACAAUCCUUAUGCCCCUACUCUUGCUCAUACUACAUUUGAUCCAUCUAUUAUGAAGCAAGAUAGGGAGCUGUUUAUUGGGACUUAUGAGGCUAAAUAUCAAUGAAAGACAUGCUGGAAUUCGAAUAUAGAAUAUGAAAAGUUCAUGAAUAUACCUAUCAACUUCUAUAAAAAUGAUUCUUACAAAGGUUUCCAGGAGUUCCUUGAGAUGCACAAGAUCAGGACAUCUGGCAAAAUGCAUUGCAAACAUUGCUCAAGGAAUCAGAUGCUUUUAAAUCAGAGCUCCAGCCAUGAACUUCAAGAUUGUUUCGUCCAGAAGAGAAUAGUAGAAUACCCAUUAUGCCUUAUUGUUGUGAUAUCCAAGCGAAAUAAUUUCAAACAAUUUAUGAACUUCGAACUUGACUUUUCUCAUGGCUUUCCUUCCCCAGUGCAUUACACUAACAUCGGAAUAAUCCUGCAUACUGGAUCUACAAGAUGUGGUUACAAAUACUGAACUAAAGUAAAGGUAAACGGAGAAAGGAAAUUAAUCAUACCCUCCGGGCGUCCCCAUCCUCCAUCCAUAGCCAAAUUUGGAUUUCACGACCACAUUCUGGUCUACAGCCUCCAGUCCAAAGACUAAGAUAUUUCCAAUAAACUUUGAGAACCCCCAAGAGA